AUGCUGGCUGAGCUGUCGUACUGCUGUUGUUUCUCGGAGGAGGCCGGUUCGGGCCACUUUAUAACACCUGUGGAAGAGGUGCCAGUCGGUGGGAUCUUCUGUCUCUUGGACUGUCGACCCGAAGGCCCGGGAAGUGUACUUGGGCUGGUCUGGCUCCUGGCCUGUUCCGGAGGAGGGGGGUUCUUCCGCUUCCUCGUCGACGACGGCGUUGUUCUGGAGUUGUUCGAGGUUUCUGUAGAAAUGGUACCGUCCGAGGCAGUCGAAGGGACAGGUGCACCCGAGGGACGCGCUACCUGGCUGGCUGCUUGGCGAGCAGACGAUCUAGUGAUUCUGGGAGGCAUGAGUAACGAGUUAUCGGAGGCCACGAACAGACACGGCCGACGAAGCAAAGCAGGGGUAGUUAAAGAGAAUGAGACAAUGAAAGGAUGUGCUAUGAGGCUGCACUUCGAUGCGUAA